AUGGCCGAAUCUGUCUACCCACACACGCUCAACGGCGUCUUCGAUGCCCCUCUCAACGCCCGAUAUGACCCCAUUCGCUUGACCUCCGACCACAUCGUCCCCAUUCUCGAGCUACCCCUCGCACGAGAGGUCCUCGGCCUCGAUGCCUCUGACAGCGAGGCGAUCGCGAAGAUUGUCAACUCCGAGAUUUCAUAUACUACCUUCGUUGCCGACCAGGCCCGCGCCAUCCUCAAAACCCCACGCGACGGCUUGACAUCGGAGCAAAUACAAUCGCAGCUUGUACAUAUUGGUCUGGCGGCGCUGUUCACUUUCCUCCAGUCCAAUGUGACUGGACCGCCCUUGGAAUUUAACUCGGCUGAGACGGUUCUUCCUUCUUCUCUGCGAAGCGAUACCGCUAUACUCCGAGGUGUGCGGGCUAAGAUCAUCCGUGAUCUGUCGGUGGAUGGAGAAGCGGCUUAUAAGCUCACGCCCAACCCUGAGCUUUUCUCCGUCGCCAAGGCUCUGCUUGUUGACGCGAGUGUUGAUGGCUCAGUUCCAGCAAAGAUUGCCCGUGUGCGCACCAAUUUCCUUCACCAGAAAAUGCUCUCCGAAGUCACGAGCACAUUGCAGGACGAAAUAUAUAAGGACCUGGAGGUUCUGGUCAAGGCAGAGCUUGAUGUAGAAGAGAGGAGUCGGUUCUUGCUAGAACGGGCUAUCAUUAAUACACACCAUGGGUUUGAUGGGAAGGCUCGGGCGGAUCUACACCAGGCAUCCCAGGUCCGCAACUUCGAGUUCGCUUUGACCGGAAAGCUGGGAAAGCGGACCAAGUUCCAAGAUCGCGAUAUCAGUCAGCUUGUGGUUGUGGCUAAGAGUGCCGAUGUGACGCCCAAGCCGACGGAGCUAUCUGGUCCGAAGAACGUGGAUCUUAACGAUGAUACCCUCCUUGAAGCCAUUUCGUUCGCGGACAAGAAGUCAUCGACUGUAUCCGAUGAGCUCCCUGAGGGCCUGCAAUCCGUUGAUCCUAAUGAGCAACCAAUUCUCAACCCCGUGGACUCAGCCAUCUUGCUGGCCAUGGCGUCCGCUAUCACCAACACGGCCCCCGAGAACGGUCUGACCCGUGAGGAGACACAACCUUAUGCCACCCGUGUUUUGGAGGGUGGUAGCUCGAACUGGCAGAUCUAUACAGAGGCACUACUAGUUCGCAGUCGCGUGGAGGGUUUCCGCUCGCGUACCGUCGAGAGAUCUGUUCUGCAGAUGCAGGCACUUGUUGAUCAGGUCAUUGCGGAUACCGCCACAGCCGACUCUGCUGCUCAGCAACCCUCUUCCGAUCCUACCACUUUCCUGCCCCGGCCCGAGAAGUCCGAGUCAGCCCCUGCUGCUGACCGACUGGAGUACAUUUGGCUGAUGAACUUCUCUACCCGGUGGAACUUGGAGGCUGAAUUGGCCAAGCGUUGGGUUGAGCUGGGUGGUCUCCGUACUGCUCUUGAAAUCUACGAGCGGUUGCAGAUGUGGGCUGAAGCUGCACUUUGCUAUGCUGCCACCGAGCGCGAGGCUAAGGCCCGGACUAUGGUUCGUCGUCAGCUUUACGAGGCCAAAGGCUCUGAUGAAGAUGAUGAGAAUGAGCAGUUCGAAGGUCCGGAGCGGUCCACACUACCGGCUGAUGCACCCCGGCUCUUCUGUAUUCUGGGAGAUAUCGAAAAGGAUGAGACGCUGUACGAGCGUGCCUGGGAUAUCUCAGGACAGCGUUAUUCCCGGGCUCAGCGGUCUCUUGCUCGACACUACCUGGCUCUCACGCCGCCUGAGCUGGAAAAGGCCGAGGCUGCCUACCGCAAGGGUCUGCACGUCAACCGUCUCAACGAGAGUUCCUGGUUUGCCCUUGGAUGCGUGCAGCUAGAACUCCAGAAGUUUGACGAUGCUGUCGAAUCUUUCACCCGCACCGUUCAACUAGACGAUACCGAUGCCGAGGGAUGGAGUAACCUGGCCGUCGCCACACUACGCUCAACGACCCCUGAGCCCGCCCCAGAAGUCGAAAUCGACGAAACCACAGGCGAGAAAAUAGUCAAGGAGACCGACCCCCACAAGCGCAAGCGAGACGCCCUCUCCGCCCUCCUCCGCGCCGCCCAACUCAAGCACAGCGAAGCCCGCAUCUGGGACAACGUGCUCACAGUAGCAGCCUCAAUUCCACCACCCGCAACACCAUUCCGCGACGUGAUCACCGCCCAGAAGCGGAUCAUCGAACUCCUCGGCGAAAAGAAGGGCGAAAAAUGCAUCGACCUCCCCAUCCUAAGCAUGCUCGUCGACUUCCUCAUAACAGCCUUCGACUACGACUCCCUCCUCAUCCAAUCCGACGACGGCCCCGUCGUCCGCACAGGCACUAUCCCAGGCCAAAUCAUCUCUCUGGUCGACAACAACAUCGUCCCCCUCAUCACCCACUCCUCAGUGCUAUGGCUGCUCGUCUCCCGCGUGGAAAUGUUCCGCAACAGACCUAGUCGCGCACUAGACGCCCACGAAAAGGCCUGGCGUGCGACAGUCGCUGCCUCGGCGCAGGGCGCGUUCCAGAUGGGCGAUGAAAAGCCUUGGAUGGCUGUUGUUCGGGCUACGGAGAAGUUGGUUCGUGAUGGAUAUGCGCGGUAUGGGCCUAUGGAUCAUGAAGCGAAGAAGGGUGAGGAUGGCGCGGAGGCGGAGAUGGUUAUGCGGGAUUGGCGGUUUAAGGCCCGGAGUGCUGUGAGGGGAAUUAUGGGGAAGGGGAAGGACUUUUGGGAGGAUUCGGAGGGUUGGGAGUUGCUUAAGGUGUUGCAGGGUGAGGUUACUGGUAACUAG